GCCGUCAGCACAUACUCCUUCGUGCAUAUGUUUUGUGUCUUGCAAAGAUAAUUUCAACUACUUAUUUUAUUUAAGAUAUGUUAUUUAGUGUUUUCGUAAAAUAUUAGUCAAUUUAGAUAUCGAUAAAAAUGUUUACGAAACACUUGAUCGUAAACAUGUUUGGUUCUAAUAUUUCGAAGGCUAGCUUAUGUGAACUUCGAGGAGGGUCCUAAUUCCUUCUGUCAAAGUUGAAUUUGUGAGCCUAUUAGGAAUCCCGAGCCAUCUAUGAAUGUGCAGUGAUGGUGUUGGCUUCAUGUGCCGAUCCUCCGAUACCACCUAAUAAACUUUUCAAGAAAUAGGGCAAACAAAUCUCUCUCUCUCUCUAGACUCUCUCUCUCUCUCUCUCUCUCUUUCUCUCUCUCUCUCUCUGACUUGGACUCACGCAAUACCAUCACAAGCAAUCCUAGCUACUAGCUAGCAUAACAUCGCACACCUAGCUCUCACUUUAACUCCUCUCCAUCCUCAUACCUUGUUCUAUGUUUCUUCAAACUCAUUUGUUGAAGAUCGGAUUCACAUGUAGCAGUAGUAUCCCGGCAGCUAAUUGUUUCUUGCUAACGCACGCCUGAACAGGUCGGCGAUGGGCGUAACGCGUCGCGUCCAGCAGAGGAAGAGGGUUUCGUCCGCAACGGUAGCUGCCGUAGCUAUUGCCUUCCUCUUGUUCGCUUCCGGUACUUCAGCUUUUGGUCUCCACCCGACUCGGCGACUCGGUGGGGAAGUGACAGAAGAGGGGGAAGGAGUUGCGAAGAGUAACAACAUCAUCCCAAGUACUGAGUCAGGGGGUUCGACGGAGCGAGCGGCGGCGACUCAGCGGAGGCUCAACGGGCCGGGAUCGUCGCCGCCCAAGUGCAUAGCAAAGUGCGGGAGCUGCAGGCCGUGUCAACCCGUCCGAGUCGUGAUUCAACCGGGCGUCAGCACGCCGUUGGAGUACUACCCGGUAGCUUGGCGCUGCAAGUGUGGAAAUAAGAUCUUCAUGCCUUAGGAAAAUGAAAAGAAGGAAUUUACUCCAAUCAGUAUUGGGUUGAUGAUUAAUAGGUAUAAGGUAUAUAUAUGGAUAAAAGGUAGCAAAAGCAACACCAAUAACAUAUUUAUUUAAAUAAAAAUAAGAGUAUUCCUUCAGUGUUUAAUUACUCAUUACCAAUACUAAUAUAUAUGUUCUCAUGUUGCUUUUA